AUGUAUCAUGGGCGAAGCACUGGUAAAGGACCCUCCACUCCCACGCAGAUUUACCAGCAACCUCCAAGGCUUCUCAUUGUGCAAACUGCUCUACCAUUGUGGGCUGACAUCUGCUCCAACCUCUGUGAGGCUCUGCAGAACUUUUUCUCUCUAGCCUGCAGCUUGAUGGGCCCCAGCCGCAUGUCCCUCUUCAGCUUAUAUGUGGUACAAAAUCAGCACGAGUGCAUCCUUCCCUUUGUGCAAGUGAAAGGCAACUUUGCUAGGCUGCAGGCCUGCAUCUCAGAACUCCGCAUGUUCCAGAGAGAAGGCUGUUUCAGACCACCCGGCCCUUGUCUGCACCUGGCAGUACAGGAUGGGCUCCAGCAGUUCAAACAGUAUAGCAGACACGUGACCACAGGUGCAUCUCUGAGCUACACUUCCCUAGAGAUUACUGUUCUGACUUCCCAGCCUGGAAAAGAGGUGGUCAAACAAUUGGAGGAAGGAUUGAAAGAUACAGACCUAGUCAGGGUCAGGAGACUUCAGGUGGUUGAGAUCACAAAGGGAGUCCUUGAGUAUAUGGACUCAGUGUCCCCGGCUGAAGAGCCUAGCAGUGAUGAGAGUUCUAUCCUGGGAACUGACAUUGACCUUCAGACUAUAGACAAUGAUGUUGUCAGCAUGGAGAUUUUCUUCAAAGCCUGGCUACAUAACAAUGGAACAGACCAAGAGCAUAUCCAUCUUCUUCUUCCUUCACGAUGUUUCAGCAACAUUUCCAGAGCCAGAGAUGAUUCAAUGUGCCUGAAAUGUGAUCUCCAAGAGCGACUCCUCAGCCCGUCCCUUCUCCCUGGCACAGCUGAUGGCUCCUUGAGAAUGGAUGACCCCAAAGGAGACUUCAGCACACUCUACCAGAUGGCCUCCCAGUCGUCAGCCUCUCGUUACAAGCUCCGGGUGAUCAAGGCUCUAAAUUCCAAUGGGAUCUGCGAGUCAUUGACAUAUGGACUGCCCUUCAUCCUCAGACCCACAAGCUGUUGGCAGCUGGACUGGGAUGAGCUGGAGACAAAUCAGCAGCACUUCCAUGCCUUGUGUCACAGCCUCCUGGUAAGUAUCCAUGUUCCCAGGUGA